CAGGCGGCCUCCUGGGCAGAGCCGUGUCCCCGCGCGACUGCUCGGCCGCUGCUCCGCGGGCCGGGACUUGGGUCCGAACUUGGGGUGGUAGUCCCGCAGAAAGCGUGAGUCCGGAGCGGAAGGGGCACGGCCGGGAGGUCCCCCGGAAAGGUGGGGCCGGCUGGAGGCGCCCAGAGUAGCAGCGCUUCGCAGAAGGUGGAUGGAAUCACCCGCUGCCUCGGGACGGUAACCUCUCGGAGUCUCUGGCAGCCCUCCCGGGAGACAUUGGAGACCUCUGAAGAUCUGUGCCUAAACUGCGACAUGCAGAGCUUUCUUGAAACAUUCCGACCAUCUUUCAACAGCAAUACCCUCAGCAUCCCCUUUUUCCAAGUGGGGAAACAGGCUCAGCAUGGCUAAGUGACUUGCCUGGGUUGACACCGGUGACAGGAUCUGUCCCCAGCCAAGCCAGCUGACAAGAGCAUGCCUCUGUGCCAGUGGGGUGCCAUCAGCAAGGCCAGCAAACUGGACAGGGAUGGAGCUCAGCCCCUGGCCACCACCAGAGGAGGCCUGAAAGUGCUUCUGCACUGGGCCGGCCCUGGAGGUGGUGACCCCUGGGUCAUCUUCACCGAGGACACCCUGACAGCAGAGGAGAUUUGCAUCCACAUCGCACACAAAGUUGGCAUCACUCCACCCUGCUUUAAUCUCUUCGCCCUCUUUGAUGCCCAGGCCCAAGUCUGGUUACCCCCAAACCACAUACUGCAGGCCUGUAGAGACAGGAGCCUAAUGUUGUACUUCCGUAUGAGGUUUUAUUUCCGGAACUGGCAUGGCAUGAAUCCUCAGGAGCCGACUGUAUACCGUUGUGGGCCCCCAGGGACUGAGGUUUCCUCAGGACGGGCAGAGCAGGGGGUGCAGCUCCUGGACCCAGCCUCCUUUGAGUAUCUCUUUGAGCAGGGCAAGUAUGAGUUUGUGAAUGACGUGGCAUCGUUGGAGGAGCUGUGGAAUGAGGAGGAGAUCCACCACUUUAAGAAUGAGAGUUUGGGCAUGGCUUUUCUGCAUCUCUGCCACCUUGCUCUCUGCCGCGGUGUCCCCCUGGAGGAAGUGGCGAAGAAGAUCAGUUUCAAGGAUUGCAUCCCACGUUCCUUCCGUCGGCAGAUCCGGCAGCACGAUGUGUUGACAAGGCUGCGCCUGCGGACCAUCUUCCACCGGUUCCUGCGGGACUUCCAGCCAGGCCGCCUCUCCCAGCAGGUCGUCAUGGUCAAGUACCUGGCCACUCUCGAGUGCUUGGCACCCCGCUUCGGCACAGAGCGCAUGCCAGUGUACCAGUUGGAGCUGCUGACCCAGACUGCAGGAGCACCCUGCUACAUUCGGGACAGUGGGCAGGCCCUUCUAGAGCCCACACCAGCAUCCGCUGCCAGACCCCCCACCCAUGAGGUGCUAGUGACCGGCACUGGCGGCAUCCAGUGGCGGCCAUUACUAGCAGUGGGUCCCAGCAGCAGUGUCAGGAAUCGCCCUGCUGGCCCAGCUGGAAAGAAAGCUAAGGCGCAUGAGGGGAGCAACCAGCCAGCAGACAAGCCACGGGAGGCACAGUGGACCUACUUCUGUGACUUCCGAGACAUCACCCACAUGGUGCUGAAAGAGUGCCACGUCAGCAUCCGCUGCCAGGACAAGUUCUUGGAGUUGGCCCUGCCUUCCCGGGCUGCUGCCCUGUCCUUAGUGUCGCUGCUAGAUGGCUAUUUCCGCCUGACAUCUGACUCAAGCCAUUAUCUGUGCCAUGAAGUGGCUCCCCCGCGGCUUGUGAUGAGCAUCCAGGAGGGUAUCCACGGACCCCUGCUGGAGCCAUUUGUGCUAGCCAAGCUGCGCCCGGAGGAUGGCCUCUACCUCAUCCACUGGAGCACCACCCACUUCAACCGCCUUAUCCUCACGGUGGCCCAGCAUGACCAGGCGUCCAGUGCCAAGAGUUGGCGCCUACGCAAGUUCCCCAUUGAGCUGCAGGCUGGGGCCUUUACACUGGAGGGCUGGGACCGGUCCUUCCCCAGUGUGCGGGAUCUGCGGGCUGCCCUGCAGGGCUGUUCACUGCGGUCUGGCCAAGACUGCUUCUCCCUGCACCGCUGCUGUCUGCCACAGCCAGGAGAGUUCUCCAAUCUUGUUAUCCUGCGGGGGUCUUGCGCCAGCACCAGGCCACCCAACCUCAGCCAUCUCAGCUUCCACCGAGUCAGCUGGGACAAGAUCACCCGGCUAUCCCACUUGGGCCAGGGAACCAGGACCAAUGUGUAUGAGGGCCUCUUACUAGUCACAGACAGAGGCCCCGAGGAGGACAAGGCAGAUGAUGGGGGCCCUGGGCAGGACCUGCGAGUGGUACUCAAGGUGCUGGACCCCAGCCACCACAACAUUGCCCUGGCCUUCUAUGAGACUGCCAGCCUCAUGAGCCAGGUCUCCCAUGUACACCUGGCCUUUGUACAUGGCGUCUGUGUGCAUGGCUCAGAGAACAUCAUGGUGACUGAGUAUGUGGAACACGGGCCCUUGGAUGUCUGCCUGCGGCGGGAAAGGGGCCAUGUGCCUGUGGCCUGGAAGGUGGUGGUAGCCCAGCAGCUGGCCAGUGCCCUCAGCUACCUGGAAGACAAGAGCCUAGUUCAUGGAAAUGUGUGUGGCCGGAACAUUCUUCUGGCGCGUUUGGGGCUGGUAGAGGGCACCAGCCCUUUCAUCAAGCUGAGCGACCCCGGUGUGGGCCUGGGGGCCCUCUCCAGGGAGGAGCGGGUAGAGAGGAUCCCCUGGAUAGCUCCCGAGUGUUUGUCUGGUGUGGACAGCAGCCUCAGUACUGCAGCUGACAAGUGGGGCUUUGGUGCCACCCUCCUGGAGAUCUGCUUCGAUGGGGAGAUCCUCCUGCAGGGCCGUGGCCCCUCUGAGAAAGAGCACUUCUACCAGAAGCAGCACCAGCUGCCCCAGCCUUCCUCCCCAGAACUGGCGGUGCUUACCAGCCAAUGCCUGAACUAUGAGCCAGGCCAGCGGCCAUCCUUCCGCACCAUCCUGCGGGACCUCACUCGACUGCAGCCCCAAAAUCUCGAUGUUUCUGCGGUGAAUCCGGACUCACCAACUUCAGAUUCCACCGUUUUCCACAAGCGCUAUUUGAAAAAAAUCAGGGACCUGGGCGAGGGUCACUUUGGCAAGGUCAGCCUGUAUUGCUACGACCCGAACAACGAUGGGACUGGCGAGAUGGUGGCCGUGAAGGCCCUCAAAGCAGGUUGCAGCCCCCAGCUCCUCCCCGGCUGGACACGAGAGAUUGACAUAUUGCGCACGUUGUACCACAAGCACAUCGUCAAGUACAAGGGCUGCUGCGGGGAUCAAGGGGAGAAGUCAGUGCAGCUUGUCAUGGAGUAUGUGCCUCUGGGCAGCCUCCGAGACUACCUACCCCGGCACAGUGUUGGGCUGGCCCAGCUGUUGCUCUUCGCUCUGCAGAUCUGUGAGGGCAUGGCCUACCUGCACUCGCAGCACUACAUCCACCGAGACCUGGCUGCCCGCAAUGUGCUGUUGGACAAUGACAAGCUGGUCAAGAUUGGGGACUUUGGCCUAGCCAAGGCCGUGCCUGAAGGCCACGAAUACUACCGCGUCCACGAGGAUGGGGAUAGCCCCGUGUUCUGGUAUGCCCCAGAGUGUCUGAAGGAAUGUAAAUUCUACUAUGCAUCUGAUGUCUGGUCCUUUGGGGUCACCAUGUAUGAGCUGCUGACCCACUGUGACUCCAGCCAGAGCCCUCCAUCGAAAUUCAUUGAACUCAUAGGCCUCAACCAGGGCCAGAGGACAGUGCUGAGGCUUACUGAACUGUUGGAACAAGGGGAACGGCUGCCUCAGCCAGACAAAUGUCCCUGUGAGAUCUAUCUCCUCAUGAAGAACUGCUGGGAGGCAGAGGCCUCAUUUCGCCCGACCUUCCAAAAUCUCAUCCCCAUCCUCAAGACAGUCCACGAGAAAUACCAAGGUCAGGCCCCUUCGGUGUUCAGUGUAUGCUGAAGCCCACUGGCAGCUCUGCUUGGAGAGAUUGGAACAGAUGGUGCCCACAGAGAGACUCCCACUGCCCCAUCCAGGAGAAAUGCAACAUGGGAACAUGGCCUCAUCCACCUGCUGUGUGUGGCUCCUGUUGGAGACCUCACUUCUGUGAGAUGACUUUACUUCUGUCUUAAUCCCUCUGGGUGCCAUGAGACCAUGGACAGGAUGGCUUACAAACAACAGACAUUCAUUUCUGCCAGUUCUGAAGUCUGGGGAUCCAAAAUCAGUGCCAACAUAGUCACAUUCUAGCGAAGGUGCUCUUCCUGGUUCCUGCUGGUUCAUAGCUAUUCAUGCCUGCCUGUGCUCUCAGCGGAUAGAAGAGGAUAGGAUUCUUUCUGAAGUCACUUUUGUAUAAGACAUUAACCCUGUUUGUGUGGAUUCCUCCCUCAUAACCUAAGCACCUCUCAAAGGCCCCACCUUCUAAUGUAACAUUGAGGAAUUUCAACAUGAAUUGCAAGGGGCAUAAACAUUCAGACUGUAACGCCGUCCAUGGGUGAGCUUGACCCAGACCUUUGAGGGACUCAGGACAAGCAAGAAGCCAACCAGGCUCUUGAAUCUGAUCUUUUACCUUCUUCCAGCUCUCACUUUCUCCACUAGCCAGUAAUAAACUCAUUAUUCCCGCAGUUGGAGAAUGUUACUUUGACUGAUCCACAGCUAGGGUUUGCUGUCCUGGAGGACUGCACUUAGAGCCAGAAUAAACUGUUAAACCUUUGCUCACCUCUGAACAACCAACUAGCAGAAUGGUUUCAGGGAUUACAGAAAGCACUCAAAGCACUGCACAGAUAAUACUGCCAAUUUCACCCUCUCUUCCCUGUGUGACCAUAGGCAAGUGGUUUCCUGGGCCUCCCUUCUCAGCAAUGAACUGGGAAUGUUCAUACUUGCCACCUCAUAGGAAUAAUGCAAAGACCUAACGAGAUCAUGUAUGUCAGAUUCUCAGCAGAGACAUGUAAACAAAGGCUUAAUAAACAUUCAGUGAUGGUGGUGGUAGAUGCCAAAGUGUUUCUACCUAUUGUACUUACCAGCCAUACUAGAGAUACUAGUCACACAUUUUGUGAAAGGCAGUUAAAUAUUUUCCUUCCCAUAGGAUUUCUUAAGACUUUGUGCAUUGGGCCUAGCACAGUGCAGUGAAGCUGUCUGCAGCCUCUGCAGUGCUGGUUCAGUCCCUGCUGGCCGCGGAGCAACCCACAUGGCGAGCAGACCUCUCCUGUCUCACCUGCUGCUCCCCUCAGCAGUGUAUUUCGGUCAUUCUGCCUCUUCUGUUCCCCACUCUGUCUCUGGUGAAUCCUCUCACCCUCCUGCACAUCUGGCCUGUACCCCGGUUCUUGUAUAAAUUAAAAAAUAAA